GUUCUAUUUUUGGUCCUGUACACCAAGAGUACGUAAAGUGGUGUGACGCUGGAGUGUGAGAUACGUCAGUCGAGACGUCGCCGAAGUCGAUGCGUAUCCUGGCCCUGCUGGCUUUAUUGCUGUAUCUAUUCGUUGCUAGAACAAUGGCAUCUACGUCUCAACCGCUGACAUUGCGCGUGGAACUGCAGCAGCAGCUUGGACUGCAAGGGAAACUGCAAGAUCCGAUGACAUUACGGCUGACGGAUUAUCCCACAUCGUUGACUGAGCUCCAGGAGCUGCUUCGUAAGCGUUUAGAGGAGCGUUUAACGGAAAAUGGAACAGAUGGCCAAGUAUCUACUGAGCUGGGCAUGGAGAUCGAGGUCUACGACCAGAAGAAGCAGCAAUUUGCACCACUCAAGGAGCUCUCCCAGCUUGGAGGUCGUAGGUCAAGACUAAGCGUCACACUCACCAACGCCGAUGCUCUGUUUCCAGAUCACACUUGUUUAGCACUACCGUCAAGAAUCUUUGGCUUGGAUGUGGCAGCAGGUGACAAGUUUGUGAUCGAUGGGAGGGUGGUGCAUAUUGGAGAAAUUGGCAACUCGGGUAAAGGCACGGGUUUGACGACGUGGGACGGAUCGGUGGUGCUGGCCAAGUAUUUAGAGUACCAACGUCGCAGUGAUAUUGCUGGAAGUCGUGUCGUGGAAUUAGGAGCAGGGACGGGGUUGGUGGGUAUCUCUGCUGCACUACUUGGAGCAAGACAGGUGAUCCUGUCGGACUUGGACUAUGUCGUCGACAACCUCGCCAGGAACAUGGCGGAGACGAUGAAGCUUGCAGCUAGCACCGGCAGGCCCGUAGAGAGCGACGUCUCGACUCAGGUGUUGGACUGGUUCAAUCCGCCAACAGAUUUAGGAGACGUCGACUUCUUGCUGGCGUCCGACGUCGUGUGGGUCGAGGAGCUCAUCCCUCCGCUCGUGGCGACCUUCGAUACGCUGCUGCGCCAUUCAACCGCGAAGACGAGGAUCCUCAUGUCGUAUCAGAAGCGCAGCGUCAUGUCGGACCGAUUGCUUUUUAGCGAACUGGAGCGCUACAACCUCGUCAAGACGCGCAUUCCAGCGGUCAAAUUACACCCGGAGUUUUCCACCGACCGCAUCGACGUGUGGGAAAUUGAGCGGGGCGACGUAGCACAGCGAAGCAACUAGAAGGCGAUGGUCGAAUUAGAGUGAAACAUACAGCAGCAACUGCAAAGUAACACUGCAACAACUUCAACUGCGUAUCACUCGCGUCUAAUCUGCUGGACGUGCGUGGCAUCCAAACAGCGAGCUUUCGAUUGGCUCUGACAAGCAGCGUGUCAAACAAAAUGCCUCAAAUCCUAGGACCACCACGCAGUAAUUUGGACGUCGUGAUAGGCAAUACCCUCCUAUAUCCAAUUACUAAGUGUUUCAAAAAGCAAAC